CACGCCUUGCUAGUCACGCACCAAAGCAGCUCAAUUGUCUGCAGGCUUGCUUCUUUAUUUAUUUAUUUAUUUAUUACCGAUAAAGAGUCUUCAGCUGGUAUUACUGAUUGCAUCCCUGGCUUAUCACAAAUAACUGUAGUGGCUUUCAGUCUAGAGAUCAGCCCCUAAUCCCCUACAUCAUAUUUAUGAGGGACCAUGGCACACAGCCAUUGCUGCACUCAGUGUACACCUGGAGCUCUUGCUGGUGACACACAUUCCCUGUGAGGUGCAGGAGGAUUCAGACAACUUCAAAAACAACAAUAACAUGGUUAUUGGCCUAUCACAGCAUUAGGGGCUUUCACUGAACUUCUGAGCUUGUCUGAGGAAUUACAUUUUUUUAGCCAUGGAGUCUCCAACUAAGGAAAUUGAAGAGUUUGAGAGUAACUCUCUCAAGUACCUGCAACCGGACCAAAUCGAGAAAAUUUGGCUGCGGCUUCGAGGACUGAGGAAGUACAAGAAAACAUCCCAGAGGUUACGGUGUUUGGUGAAGCAGUUGGAACGAGGAGAAGCUUCAGUUGUAGACCUUAAGAAGAACUUGGAAUAUGCUGCUUCUGUACUUGAGACUGUAUACAUCGAGGAAACCAGACGCCUUGUGGAUGCAGAAGAUGAGCUCAGUGAUAUCCAAUCUGACUCAGUGCCAUCAGAGGUGCGAGAUUGGCUUGCUUCCACUUUUACCAGACAAAUGGGGUUGAUGCUCAAGAGAACGGAGGAGAAGCCAAGAUUCAGAAGCAUUGUCCAUGCUGUUCAGGCUGGAAUAUUUGUAGAAAGAAUGUACAGACGGACAUCAAACAUGGUUGGACUAAGCUACCCGCCGUCUGUGAUUGCAGUGCUAAAGAAUGUAGACAAGUGGUCUUUUGAUGUAUUUGCACUAAAUGAUGCAAGUGGAGAACACGCACUGAAGUUCAUUUUUUAUGAACUUCUCACAAGAUAUGACUUAAUCAACCGUUUUAAGAUUCCCAUUUCUGCUGUUGUAUCCUUUGUUGAAGCCCUUGAAGUUGGAUACAGUAAGCAUAAAAAUCCAUAUCACAAUCUUAUGCACGCCGCAGAUGUCACCCAGACUGUGCAUUACCUCCUAUUAAAGACUGGAAUGGUGCACUGGCUGACAGAGCUGGAGAUCUUAGCUAUGAUUUUUGCUGCUGCUGUCCAUGACUAUGAACACACUGGGACUACAAACAACUUUCAUAUUCAGACCAGAUCGGACUCAGCUAUUCUAUAUAAUGACAGAGCGGUGCUAGAAAAUCACCAUGUAAGUGCAGCUUACCGCCUCCUGCAGGAUGAUGAGGAGAUGAACAUCUUUUAUAAUCUGUCAAAGGAUGACUGGAGAGAACUGAGGGCUCUCGUGGUGGAGAUGGUCCUGGCUACAGAUAUGUCCUGUCACUUUCAGCAGAUCAAGGCAAUGAAGAACUCCUUACAGCAGCCUGAAGGGAUUGACAAGCCUAAAGCCUUAUCUCUGUUGUUACACACUGCUGAUAUCAGUCACCCUGCGAAAAACUGGGACCUCCACCAUCGCUGGACCAUGUCACUGCUGGAGGAGUUCUUUAGACAGGGAGAUAAAGAAGCAGAACUUGGGCUACCCUUCUCCCCUCUUUGUGAUCGAAAGUCCACCAUGGUGGCUCAGUCUCAAAUAGGUUUCAUUGAUUUUAUUGUGGAACCCACAUUCACUGUGCUUACUGACAUGACCGAGAAGGCUGUCACCCCUCUCAUUGAAGAAGCCUCUCGCUCUGGCCUUGCAGGAUUCCGACGCUCCAGUUUGAACAGUAUUACCACUUCAGAUGUUAAAAGAACCACUGGGUCAGAAGGAAGUGCCUCACUUAACUGCUCCCUACUCACUGUGGAUUUCAAAAACUUUAAAGCCAACUGGAAUGAGACUGUGCAACAGAACAGAGAGAAAUGGAAGACACAGGCAACCAAAGAUGCAGAAGAGAAAGCUAGAAAAGAGGCAGAGGAACAAGUCCGACAGGAGGCAGAAGAAAAGGAAGAACGUGAUAAAGCUGGGAUAGGGCUGCAGGAACAGGGACCAGAACAAAGCACUGAAAAGAGUGCUGAUGAUUCAGAGAAAAGUAAUGUCAAUGGGACUCAAGGACACGGCACUUCAACCCAUUCAGAACCCAAGGAGAAAGAAAGUGACGUGGUCUCAGGCAAAGACGCAGAAAACACACAAGUUCACAAUGGGGAAAUGAAAGAUGAAAGUAACUCAUCUGAACAGGAUCAGUCAAAAGAAGAAAAUGAAAAAAAGAAAACAGAUGAUGCAGAAGGGAAGAAGAAGAAUGAUCUUGAUUCUGAUGCUUCUGCUUCUGCUGAUGCAAACUAACCCCACCCUUUUAGCUGAGGCUCUCCAUUCUUCAACAAGAACUGCUUUCCAGGGAAGGGCUUUGUACAGUGAUCCAGUACUCUUCCCACAGGACAUGUAUACUUUUUUCUUUGUUUUCCAUUUCCUAAUCCAAUGACUGAGUUUUUUGCACAGACGAAGAGAAUUUUGACUCAUUACUGCUUCCCUAAAAACCAUGGAACUACAGAUCUGCAGCGGCUUGAACUGACCAGUCUAACUCUUUCUCAAACAGCGCUCAAUUGCAAAGUAAUCCAAAACCUGCCCCAUGCAUACUUAGGUAACCCUUAGUGGUUACAAAGAUCCCUGGACCAGGAACAAAGGCAGGAGCGACACAGCUAUUGGCCUUGUGAGAAGCACUUAGAACAAUUCCUUGAAAUAAGAAAGGUGUGGAAUCCUCCAGUAGAAUUGGCACAAAGUUUUGAACACUGAUGUGAAAUUGAGCAAUGCAGUCAUAAAAUAAUUUAUGAUUAGCGUUAGGUUGCUUCACCAAACAUUUGAAAUGAUCAACACCUGAUGAGAGAAUAGGCUAGAUUUAGUGUUGAUUAAAAUAAUGAAGUUACAGUAUCUUAAGCCAUUUUUUGGAAUACACUCCAUAUAUAUGAAUGCAUUAGCUCAGUAGAGAAGAGUCUUUUAAAAAAAAAAAUUCAUUGAGUUAUAUUUAACAUCCCCAGAAAUGGGGGGGUAUUAUUGGGUUCACUAAAAGGUAUUAGGAUAUAUCUAAAACACAAAGGCAAGCUAAAAGAAAAAUCAAGAUGUUUAUAAACUAAAACUAAAAACUAAAACAUAUAAACUAAAACUGAAGAAAAUCCAAUCACUACCCAAACACAGAUGCAUUCUGGCCUGCUUCCAAAUCUUGCAAAAAGUGUACAGGUUUUCUUUCAGGAAAUAAAUAUCAGUCUGCUUCUAUGCUGCCAUGUAUGUCAAUCUUUAUUGCUGGCCAAUACAUUUUUAGUCAUUUCUAUGCUUAUCAAGAAUAUUAAUUAUGAUUCUAGUAAAAUGGCUUAAGAGUAUGGCAGGAGAGAGAGGGAGA